GCCACCAACAAGUAACCAUGAAAACCUUUAUAAUUUUGCUGGUGGCAGCAUUGGCUGCUGGUCAACGAUUUCAGCAGAUAGUUCCUGAUGUCGCUGUGAAACUUGCUGGCGCAGGUUUCUUCCAACAGGGCGGCUCAUUCUCCAGUUCCAGUGGUAGUAGCUUCCAGAGGAACAGUGGAUUCCAGAAUUCAGGAUUCGGCAGUAAUUCCCAGUCCAGUUUCUUUACUCCUAGCAGCAAUGGCGUCGGUUCCAGUGGACGCUUCCAAUCAGGUUCACAGGGCUCUGGAUUCGGGUCCAGCUUCUCAUCAAGCUCUUCAACUGGCAGUGGACAACUCCAGUCUGGUUCAAGAGGUAGUAGUGGGUUUGGAUCUGGUUCAUCUGGUGGAAGGUUCUCGUCAGGCUCAGCUGGCAGUGGCUUUGGAUCUAACUCAUUGAGUGGUAACAGAUUUGCGUCUAGUUCUUUUGGAAGUGGAUCCCAAUCUGGUUCAACAGGCUCAUCGGGCAGCAAUGGGUUUGGGUUUGGUUCCUCAAGGGGAUCUGGAUCACAGUUUGGUUCUUCUCUUGGCAGUGGAAUUCAGUCUGGUUCUCAGACUUCUUCUGGAAAUAGCGGCAAUUUCCAAUCCAAUACAUUUGGCAGUAACACUGUAAAGCUUGCAGGACCUGGUACCUUCUCUACCGGUGGCAGUUCAAUUGGAUCUGGUUCUACCUUCAACAGUGGAUUUGGCUCUGGUUCUUCCAGUGGUCAGUUCCAAUCAGGCUCAUCAAGUGGCAGUGGAUUUGGGUCUGGGUCUUCCCUUAACAGUGGAUUUGGGUCUGGUUCUGGCUCCUUCAGCAGUGGAUCUGGUUCUGGUUCCUUCAGCAGUGGAUCUGGUUCUUCCCUCAGCAGUGGAUUUGGAUCUGGCUCUUCCCUAAGCAGCGGAUCUGGCUCUUCCCUCAGCAGUGGAUUUGGAUCUGGCUCUUCCCUAAGCAGCGGAUCUGGCUCUUCCCUCAGCAGUGGAUUUGGAUCUGGCUCUUCCCUCAGCAGUGGAUUUGGAUCUGGUUCUUCUAGUGGUCAGUUCCAGCCAGGCUCAUCAAGUGGUAGUGGAUUUGGGUCUGACUCUUCCCUUAGCAGUGGAUUUGGGUCUAGUUCUUCCCUCAGCAGUGGAUUUGGGUCUGAUUCUGGCUCCUUCAGCAGUGGAUCUGGCCCUUCCCUCAGCAGUGGAUUUGGAACAGGCUCUUCCAGCGGUCAAUUCCAAUUAAGUUCGUCCACUGGUAGUGGCUUUGGAACUGGUUCUUCCCUUGGCAGUGGAGUUGGUUCUAGUUCUUCCAGUGGACAAUUCCAACAGGUGGUAGUGGAUUUGGAUCCAGCUCUUCUGGUGGUCAAUUCCAGUCAGUGGAUUCCAGUCUGGAUCAUCUGGUUCUGGAGUUGCUUCAAUUUCUCCCUUGGCAGUGGAUCACAGUCUACUUCUGCAUUUGGUUCCAGUUCCUCCCUUGGCAGUGGAUUCCAGCCUGGAUCAUCAUCUGGUUCAGGAAUUAGCUCCACUUCCUCCCUUGGCAGUGGAUUCCAAUCUGGUUCUGGAUUUGGUUCAGGUUCUGGAUCCCAGUCUGGUUUCUCAUCUGGAUCUGGAUUUGGAUCAAGUUCUGGAUCCCAAUCUGGUCUGUCAUCUGGAUCUGGAUUUAGUUCCGGUUCCUCCCUUAGUAGUGGAUUCCAAUCUGGUUCAUCUGGUGCAGGAUUUGGAUCAAGUUCUUCCCUUGGUGGUGGAUUCCAGUCCAGUUCAUCUGGUUCAGGAUUUGGAUCAGGUUCUUCCCUUGGUAGUGGAUUCCAGUCUGGUUUAUCUGGUUCUGCUUUUGGAUCAAGUUCAAGUGGAUUUGGCUCAGGUUCCUCAAUCAUCAGUGGAUCACAGACUGGUUCCUCUUUUGGAAGUGGAUUCCAAGUUGACCCUCUGCCAGCUGAUGGAGUGUUUGAGCCUCUGAAUCUCCCAGCUGGAGCCUCUCAACUAUUAGGAAGAGUCUCAACCUCCUACUCCUGCCUUGACCGUCCGUAUGGAUAUUACGCUGAUGAAGAGAACUCAUGCCGUGUUUUCCAUAUCUGUUACCCAGCUCGUUUCUCUACUGGUGCCAUCGAAACCUAUCAGUACAGCUUCUUGUGCGGUGAGGGUUCUGUAUUCGAUCAAAAGGAACUCACCUGCAAGGUACAGGCUGAUGCUAUCCCAUGCCAGGAAUCCUCUAGUUACUACUACACAAAUGAGCAGUUCGGUCGCCCUGAAGAAAAAUCACAAUAAGUCUGCUGAAGACGACUUUUCUACCGAGACAACGAAUGUAUAUUUAUAUAAUACCAAAUAAAGUUUAAGUAU